UGGCAGUUUUUUGUUGCUAGCUCGCGGCGCGGGCGGUUAAAGCCGCCGCGCGCGAGGCCGCAUUAGCCCGGCACGAAGGCGAUAGACCAACAGCAACUCCCGCGCGCGCGCCUCGCCCUCUCUCCACAGUCCACACCCACGCCGCGAGCGCGAUAGACGAAAGCGAGAGCGCACGCGCGUGAGCGGCCGAGCAGAGAGCACAUGCACCUCCGCGAGGCGAUGGAGGGCUCCGGCGCGGGCGCCGGCACCGGGCGCAAGAAGCUCAAGCACCGCCUCGCGGCGAUCCUCUCGGUGUUCUCCCGCCGCGCCGGGGGCGGCAGGAAGCGCCGCGAGAACGAGAACGAGGACGAGGCGAAGCCGCCACCGCUGGCAUUCCCGUCCUACUCCCGCCUCGGCAUCGGCGGCGGCGGCAAGAAGCCCGGGGGUGGGAUCGUCGAGCGCAGGCUGUCCCUCUCAGCGCCGCGCGCCGCGCCGCUGGUCCACAUCACCAUCGACUGCGCGGGCCGCCGCUCCGUCGACGCGGCCGACCCGUCCCUCCUCCCACUCCCGCCGCUCGACGCCGCGGACAGGAAGGCGGAGCGGCGGGUCGGGGCCGGCGACUGGGAGGGCCGCAAGUGCCCGCCGUCCUCGCCGUUCGUCGCGCACCUGCCGCCGCUCCCGCCCGUGGCGCGGUGGAAGGAGCGGGCCAACGGCUCGUCGCGCCGGCUGUCGACGCACUCGUCCCGCAGGCUGCUCGUCAGCAGCUCGUCCUCCGACGACGAGUACGACGAGGACUCGAGGAACCUCUUCUCGUCGCGGAGCUUCUCCUCCGACUCGUCCGACUUCUACAACUGCCCGCGCAAGAACACCAUGGCGCGCGCCUCCGUCUCGGGCCCGUGCCGCGCGCCGCCGGCCCGCGCGCGGCGCGGCGCGUCCCAGAGCUGCCGGUACAGCUUCGAGCUGCCGCGGGGCUCGACGGCGUCCGCGGCCACGGACGGCGGGUUCGCGGUGGUGAAGCGGUCGGCCGACCCGUACGAGGACUUCCGCAAGUCGAUGCAGGAGAUGAUCGCCGAGUGGCCGGCGGGCGGGGACGUCGGCGACGCCGGCGAGGGGGAGCACAGCGCGGAGCGGCUGCUGGAGACGUACCUCGUGCUCAACUCCCCGCGCCACUACCCGGCGAUCCUCGCGGCGUUCGCCGACGUGCGGGAGACGUUCUGCCCAUGAGCUCUUGUCGUGUCCGCGACGAUCGGCCGGCGCGCCGAUGUGAUGUUGAUAGGAUUAUUAACCUUUGUCAAACCGAAGCAAUGGCACUAGAAUUGUGCGUGUGCUCUGUUCCGCGCGUACGUGCAUUUGGCUCUGUCGUCCUUGGCCUGCUAACCACUGCUUAAUUCGACUCUGUUCUGCAGUCUCUGUCUUUGAUGGUAAAUCUUUCUUAGUCUCCUUAAUGUUUGUGUGAGCUUUGGGCUUUGUUGAGCGCGUAGCAUGUAAAUACUUCUCCAUUUUGUGGAUAA